AGGCAGCACAGGGCACCUGACAUUUAGGGUUUCAUCCCGGGGGUCUGGGGGGAUCAGAGAGGGUGAGAGCUGGCCCGGGGCAGCACAGCAUGGGCCCGGUCCCCGCGUGUCCCCUCCGCCCUCCUCGCUGCGGAGGAGAAGGCGCCUCUGCCCGGGCCCAGGCCUGUAAAUCAGGGCGCUGGAUUCUGGCGAGUCAGCGUUCUGGCCUCUCCCGCCGCAGCCGCCGCGGCUCCCUCUCCGGCUCUUCCUGCCGCCUGCACCAGACACAGGAGCCUCCCGCUCCUUCCUGUCCUUCCCGCAGGAUCCCGUGCAGCCCCCGCCCCGUGCACGGGACCGCGGCGCCGCCUCCCCGCACGGCCCCCCGCACGGCCCCCGCACGGCCCUGCGCCCCUCAGCCAGCCCAGAAUCCCAGUGACCUCCCCCGAGCUUGGGGGACCGGUAUUUCUUAUGUGCUGUCUGUAGGGUGUGGCACACAGUAGGAGCUCCAUAAGCGCUCUCGGACACGGGGUGGCACACAGUAGGAGCUCCAUAAGCGCUCUCGGGCACGGGGUGGCACACAGUAGGUAUUCUGCACACGGUCAGCGGCUGCUGGUGAGUCACCUCCCACAGAACGGGCCGUGCACCGGCACACCCACGGCACACCCACGGCCCGGAGCUGGGUAUACAGUAGGCACCUGAUACACGCUGCUGUGCUUGGCCAGCAGACACUUCCCAGCUCAAGUGGAGCGGGCUGGAGGUGGGGAUGGGGGACACCUGCGACCCCCAAACGUCAGGGUGCAGGUGGGGUCCGGCGUGCCCUUCGCUCCCCAGGGGCCACCUGUCCCGGUCUGGCCCUGGAGGGUCCUGGCACCUGUCACAGCGGCCACCACCCCCCACUCACUCCAGUCUUAAGUCUGACCCCCACACCCCACACCACUACCACACACUACCCCACACCCC